AUGAUGUUAAUAUUCCUAAUUUUGUGUGUUGGCCUAGUUGACUCUGUCGCUGAAGACUGCGCAACGAACACUCGAGAAACUAGAUGUUCCAGUAUUUUUGAAGACCUCAAAAACUGUUAUAAUGCCACUUUCAAAGCAAUGCUUGGGGACUGCCUGGUAACCUGCAACGCUUGCGAUUCAUAUACAUGCUCCAACCCUCAACCCGACACCACUCUCAACUGCUCUGCACUAACUUCCCAGUGUGAUUCAGACACUUUCGGCGAGUUUAUGAAGGAAAAAUGCCCGGCGACUUGCGGGAAAUGUAAUCGAAAAAACGCCAACUUGUGCGCUGAUAAAAGCAAAUCUGAAGUUUGCACCACUAUGGCGAAAUUCUGCAACACCGUCGAUUACUACGAUUUACUGUCAAGAGAGUGUCCAUCCACGUGUAACAGGUGUCCAAAUAACGGAACAACUCCUGGGGGCAAUGGAAACGGAAACGGAACAACAGCUUGUGUCGACGUUGCCAACGAUUGCUCCACCAACACCGCCCGUUGCUCCGAUUCCAAAUACGCGCCUCUCAUGCAUCGUCUCUGCCCAAAAACCUGCGAUUCGUGCUCGAAUUGUGAGGACACGAAUAAAAUGUGCUCCGCAUGGGUUCCUCACGGCUUCUGUACCAAGUACAGUCAACCAGUAAUUAUGAAGACGUGUGCGAGAAGUUGUGAUCUUUGCAAAUGA